AUGAAAGAUGACCAUCGGAAAAUCGUCUAUGAGACGAUCAAUAUGCUGAAUAGCAGACUCGUAGCUGCUGAGGUGAACAUCGAAUCUGCCAUGAAGAAGGAGUUGGAUUAUGAAGAGGCGCAAGUCAACCGCUGGAAGUAUAUGCUGUCCCCACAAAGCAUCAACAAGUCGGUCGACGCGCUCGAGCAAUGGCAGAAAGUGUUUGACCUAUCCUGGUUUUUGGCGAUCAGUCGAGUAGGGCCCUAUCUGAAUGGAAACAAUCGCCUGUUGAGGAUGGUCGAGUCCCUCCCUAUAUCCACUGCAGAAUCACUGCGAUCGGCAUCGAGGAUUGCUUCAAAUGCAGAGAUGCCUAAAGGGAAAUUCGUCCUCCAGGAGUCAUUUCUUGAAACCCUCGGUGCUGAGGACAUACCUCUUUGUUCAGCUCAGCUCGGCAAGCGAGCUAAUGCUCAUCCUAAAGAAAGUCCAACCCCUCCCCGGGCGCAAUAUGAACGAUUCAGACAAGAACUGCCGCGACCUUGCACGGAGACUUAUCCGCUCCAAUCCGCUAGAAUUCUGAUUGUUGAGUUACAAAGGCAGCAGCAAUCCACUCACGCCGAUAGUGACAAAUUCAUACUACAAUAUCGUGUCCUAAGUAGAUUCUCUCAACCUCGCGCUCUUUGUAGUCGCCUAGUAGACCCGAAGCCCACAGACUCACUCUCAGACCGCUUCAAAUGGGCGAAUGAACUCGCAAGAGCUAUUAGUUGUGUACAAGCGUUCGGAUUCGUGCAUAAGAAUAUACGGCCGGAAAGUAUACUGUUACUAAGCAACGACGCGUCCUCGUCCGAGUCUGCUUUCAUUAUCGGGUUCGGCAGUUUCCGAAUGGAACGAUGUCUCUACCAAUCCCCGAACCGGACUGGGUCCGCUGCCUCGGAGGACUGUAUUAUGCAACACGAUAUCUACAGUCUCGGCGUGUGCUUACUGGAAAUCGGUCUCUGGGAACAUCUUGUUAUAUACAAGAACAAAGAUACGGCUCUUCCUGGCAAUGGCGCCUGUCCUUUAGCAUCGCCGGCCUCGUUUUUGCAGGAUAGUGGUGACUCUUACUUGUCUAAAGAUCAGCUCCUGGCAUUGGCUCGAGGCAAGCUGCAGCGCAGGAUAGGUACACGGUAUUCGGAUGCUGUGGUCACUUGCUUGACCUAUCUGGAUCUAGAGAACGAGGAUUUCGGUGACGAGGCGGACUUUCAAGAUGCGGAUGGUAUCGAGGUUGGCGUGCGCUAUAUCGAGAAGAUAUAA